AUGAGUGGAGCUGUGCUAGUGGCCGUUGCUGCUGCUAUUGGUAACUUGCUUCAAGGAUGGGAUAACGCCACCAUUGCUGGGGCUGUAUUAUACAUAAAACAAGAGUUCAACCUGCAAAGUAAUCCAACUAUUGAAGGUCUAAUUGUGGCUAUGUCAUUAAUUGGUGCAACCUUGGUUACAACGUGCUCUGGUGGAUUAUCAGAUUGGCUUGGACGACGUCCCAUGCUCAUCAUCUCUUCUGUUCUAUAUUUUGUCAGUGGUCUAGUUAUGCUGUGGUCACCCAAUGUUUACAUCCUUCUCUUGGCUAGGCUAUUAGAUGGUUUAGGGAUUGGAUUGGCAGUCACUCUUGUUCCUGUCUAUAUAUCCGAGACCGCACCACCUGAAAUUAGAGGCUCACUCAAUACUUUGCCUCAGUUUACAGGUUCUGGUGGGAUGUUCCUUUCUUAUUGCAUGGUAUUUGGGAUGUCAUUAAUGGAGUCACCCAACUGGAGGUUGAUGCUUGGGGUUCUUUCAAUCCCUUCCCUUGUUUAUUUCGUACUUACCAUAUUUUUCUUGCCCGAGUCCCCAAGAUGGCUUGUUAGUAAAGGAAGAAUGCAUGAAGCCAAGCAGGUUUUGCAGAGGUUGCGUGGCAAGGAAGACGUUUCAGGUGAGAUGGCUUUACUAGUUGAAGGCCUUGGAGUUGGGGGUGAAACAUCGAUAGAAGAAUACAUAAUCGGCCCUGCAAAUGAUCUUGAACAGGAUCUAGAAGAAGCUGCUAAAAUUAAGUUGUACGGUCAUGAUGCAGGGGUGUCUUGGAUUGCUAGACCUGUUACAGGACAGAGUACACUUGGUAUUGCAUCUCGACAAGGAAGUAUUAUAAACCCGAGUGUUCCUCUUAUGGACCCACUUGUGACCCUCUUUGGCAGUGUCCACGAAAAGCUUCCAGAUGCUGCUGGUAGCAAAGGAAGCAUGCUUUUCCCACACUUUGGAAGCAUGUUUAGUGUUACUGGAAAUCAAGCAAAACACGAAGACUGGGAUGAAGAGAGUGUUGGUGAUAGAGAUGGAGAGGAUUAUGGGUCUGAUGCUGGUGGGAAUGAUUCUGAUGACAAUUUGCAUUCUCCUUUGAUUUCUCGACAAACUACAAGUAUAGAGAAAGACACGAUUCAGGCUGCUUCCCAUGGCAGUAUUCUAGGAGUUAGAAACGGCAGUGCUGUGCAAACUGGGGGUGGAGAUCAAGUGAGUAGCACUGGCAUUGGAGGUGGUUGGCAGCUUGCAUGGCAAUGGACAGAAAGAGAAGGCCAAGAUGGAAAGAAGGAAGGAGGGUUUAAAAGAAUCUAUUUGCAUCAAGAAAGUGGCACUGGAUCUCAGCGUGGCUCCCUAAUUUCUGUCGCCGGAGGUGAUAUGCAUAUGGCUCCAGAUGGUGAUGUCUUCCAGGCUGCAGCUUUGGUUAGUCAGCCUGCACUUUACUCUAAGGAUCUUGUGGAUCACCACCCCGUUGGACCAGCUAUGGUGCACCCAUCUGAAGCCGCAAUGAAAGGCCCAAGCUGGAGGGAUCUUUUUGAACCAGGAGUCAAACAUGCAUUGUUUGUUGGUGUUGGUCUUCAGAUACUUCAACAGUUCUCUGGCAUCAAUGGUGUUCUUUACUACACGCCUCAGAUUCUUGAGGAAGCAGGUGUUGGUGUUCUUUUAGCAAAUCUGGGCAUCAGUUCAACAUCAUCAUCGCUUCUUAUUAGUUGCAUCACAACUUUGUUGAUGCUCCCUUGCAUUGCUGUGGCCAUGAGGCUUAUGGACAUCUCUGGAAGAAGGACUCUAUUGCUGACAACAAUCCCAGUGUUGAUCUUGACCCUCAUAGUAUUGGUGGUUGGAAGUGUGAUAAACUUUGGCAGUGUAGUGAAUGCAGCCAUCUCGACAGCAAGCGUUGUUGUGUAUUUUUGUACUUUUGUAAUGGGAUUUGGUCCAAUCCCCAACAUCCUGUGUGCAGAGAUAUUCCCAACGAGAGUGCGUGGAUUGUGCAUCGCGAUUUGUGCCCUGACGUUUUGGAUUUGUGAUAUCAUUGUGACCUACUCCCUUCCGGUUCUGUUGACUUCAAUUGGGCUGUCGGGUGUUUUUGGAGUGUAUGCUGUGGUAUGCAUCAUAUCAUGGGUAUUUGUUUUCUUGAAGGUGCCGGAAACGAAAGGAAUGCCAUUGGAAGUGAUCACUGAGUUCUUCGCUGUUGGAGCAAAACAGGCUGCUGCAGCGAAGAGCAAUUGAGGAAUUGGAGUGGGUGUGUGUGGGUGUAUGUGUUGGUUGGUUUUUGGCUUUUUUUUUUUUUUGGUUUUUGGUUUAAAUUUUGUUGUGAUUGAAACAGGAAAUUCAAAAUUUAAUGUUGUAGCUUUUAUAUUUCAUCAA